UCAUUUCUGACUGAUAACAAUUAUCCGGUAGAGUUAGAUGAGUCAGAACGAUAGGUGGCAGUAAGGAGAAGAAGCGACGAUGAAAAUGCCAUGAAGAAGAAUCUGUAUAAACGGAAGUUGGAGAAGCGGGAGAUUGGAAAACGUAAACGAACAUUUUCUUGUUUUUUUUAUUUACCAUUGAAAACUCUCCGAAAUGUUAAACAAGGCUCCCAAGCUGAAACACACAGUUAAAGCAAAGAUGAAGAGCAACAUGAACGUCAGACCAGCGUCAGAGGCGAUGAUUGAACUUAUUACACUGCUGUUUGUGAACAGCCUGGCGGAGGAGGCUAAAGCCAAAGCUUUUGAGGAGAAAUCUGCUACCAUCAAAGCUCAACAUCUUAAAGCAGUCGCCAAGAAAGUGCUGAAAAAAGCAAAGGGAUGAAGAAAGUGAAGCACCCCAUGAUGAUUCUUGUGGACUGAAUUAUAAGAGACAGGAGCUGUAUUUCCCCUUUUUUAUUGUAGAUAUUUAAAUUCUUUUAAACUGUUUUGUGUUUUUUCUCAUUUUCCUGUGAAAGUGGAAACUUUGUGUCUGAUUUAUGUCUUACGACUAUUUCAUUAAAUCUUUCAGAAUGUUAAAA